UUAGUCACUUGCAACGAGGCCAAUCCGAUGGUUGAUGCGGCACGCCACUUCAACCUCAACACUAGUACUACACGGGUUAUUAGAACGGCUGGAGGACGUAUAGAAGGGGCCAUUAAUAGUAUCUAUCAAAUAGCUCAGUCGGUCAGGAUUGACAUGGUUAUUGUUGUUCAGCAUACCAGUAUGUGUCUACUUUGGUUUUAUUGA